AUGGCGGGAGCAACAAGAAAAAAAGGGCAGAAUUUUAGCCCGCAAGAGCUCCAUGUUCUAGUAAACGAGGUAGAAUGCAACAAAGACGCGUUACUCACAUGCUUCAAAGAUGCAUGUUCUGCAUUGGCCAAAAAAACAAAUUGGGCCGACAUUGCUGAAAAACUAAAUAUCGGCGGCGGCGCAGGCAGGAAUGGGGAGGAGACCAGGAAAAAAUGGUCAAAAUACCAAUCCGAAGUAAAGGCAAAAGCUGCUGCAGAAAGGAGAUGUGCGAAUGAAAGAGGUGGUGGUCCGCCACUAGACCCGAAAUACAAGGUAACUGAUGAGGAUUCACGAGUGCUGACUUUUAUUGGGUCAACAACUGUACAUGGAGUAGAGGGGGGCCUUGAUACACUCGACGAUGCACCUCCUUCCAACCAGCCAGCGCUUAAUGCUGUGUCGACAUCAACAGCCGCUAGCAGGCCUUCCUCGUCGUCAACCACCGCAUUCUCAUCUCCCCCAACGCCACCUCCACCCUGUCUUGCCCCCGGCGACAGCAGCGGGAUCUCGGAACGAAUCGUCCGCCACAUGUACUUCUCAACCGGCAUCGGCAUCUACAAAGGCUGGCGGAAGAAAAAGGGAAAACGAUUCAUAGAGGAGCAGCGAUUGGAAGAAGCAAAAGAAAAGCUUCAACUCAAGAAGAAACAAUUUCCUCAAAAUUCCUAACUUCCAUGCUUCAUCAAAGCUUUUCGAAAUGAGCAAAAUAAACAUCCAGUCAAUAUGACAAG